GUAACCACAGCAUCCUGCCUUCGUUUUGUCCCUCCAGCCUCAUCGGUCCGAAGUGUGAGAGUGCUUGAAAAUCGGGUCCCGGCCUUGUAUUUCAGGACCAAAGAGCCAGAGUCAGUGAACCUUUGGGAGUGGCCCCAGGGAUACGGUAGCCUACGACUGCCGGUGUGGUCCCACCGCUCUCUGCCCACAACAGGCAGGUGCUGCAACAGGCCUGUUGUGCCAAACACCGAGGUUUUACCACAAGCACGCCACCGUCCUAAGGACUUUUUCGGGGUGCAAGUGUCUGUGGUGUAGGAAUCGCCAACAGCCAACUGCCCAGGAAGCAUCAAUCUUGCGAGGGAGCGCAAAGCGGUAGCAGAGGCUACAGCAGCAGCAGCAGCAGCUGAGAGAUGGAGGGCUCGGGCCCGCGGCUAUCAGAUGAGGGGCACAAGAUCUACCGGAUUCGGCAGACGUGCAUGAAGAUGCUGGAGAAGCGAGGCUAUAACGUGCUGCAGGAGCACGUCUCAAUGACGUCGGAGGCGUUCUUGCAGCAGUACGGGCCCGAGCCCAACAGACACGACUUGACGCUGCUGGUAGAAAAGGUAGACGAUCCGAUGGACCAGAUCUUCGUCUUCUUCCCCGACGACGAGAAGGUCGGCGUGAAGCCUAUCAGAAGCUACUCGGAGAAGAUGCUGGAAGAGGAGGUCAAGAGGGCCAUCAUCGUCAUCAAGGGCGGCAUUACUCCGUUCGCCAGGUCCGCCAUCCAAGAACUCUGCGCCCAGCGAGAGGUCCAGGUAGAGGACUUCAAGGACGCGGAGCUCAUGCUGGACAUUACGGAGCACACGCUUGUGCCGGAACACCAGGUGCUCUCAUCGGAACAGAAGGCAGAGCUGCUGAAGCGGUACAAGCUGAAGGACACGCAGCUGCCCCGGAUACAGUCGACGGACCCAGUCGCGAGAUUCUUCGGAAUGCAGAAAGGGCAAGUGUGCAAGAUCACACGACCUAGCGAGACGGCAGGGCGAUACGUGACCUACCGCCUCUGCAUUUAGAUGUGUUUUUUUUCUGAUUUGAAUGUUAAAGAGGCUGCUGUCGACCACAUCCAGCUGUGCGUGCGCGAACUAGGUCGUUAUCGGUGCAAUGCGU